AUGGCUGUCCAAUAUUGGCUGCCGCGCACUUUUCUUACCCGUCCGGGCCCACAGGUCAAAAAGGAAAUCAUCAAUUUCAAGGACACUGAAGUCCCCGAAUAUGAAGAUUUCUAUGCCUGUGUCCUUGAUGAUGUCCUCUCGGCGGAUGAGUGUUUCAAUUUGGUCAGAGCUGCCAAGGCUCAGAUGAAUGAGCAGUGGGAGGAGGCUGGCGUCAACGUAGGAUACGGCAGGCAGGAACUCGAUCCAGAGACGAGAUCUUGUGGUCGUAUCAUAUGGGACAAUAGUGACUUAGUGGCAAGGAUUUGGGCCAGAUGUCAAAACCACGUCCCGGAGAUUCUCCAGUUGAAAGACAAGCCUGGCAUCACAGGCAGCGGAUACCUCAUGAGAAACCAAACGUAUGAGAUGACACAAUGCAACAAGCGCAUGCGCUUUUUGCGAUACCUCGAUGGCAAUUAUUUCAGACGUGAGUUCUCUCGAGCUCAAACAAUGCACGGGCUGAUCCCAGUGCUAGCCCACUUCGACGGAAAUGUCAGGAUGCAUGAGGAUGACGAUGAAGAGGAGACAUCAUUCAUUACCAUGCACCUGUAUCUCAACGAAGCAGACGAGGAUUCUCUCCUCGUCGGCGGUGCUACGACAUUCCAUGCAACAGAUAUGACUGGACGCCAUGUAGAUGUCGUGCCCAAAGUCGGUCGCGUCCUCCUUUUCCAACAAAAGGGGCUGUUGCAUUCUGGUGCAGAUGUCAAAAGAGGUAUUAAGUAUACAAUGCGAACAGAUGUGAUGUACAAGAGAGUCCGUUGA